CCCUCUCCGCCGUCAGGAGCUCAACCGGGAGGAAGCAGCAGGAUCGGGAUCUGGGAUCUGGGGCACUCGAGCUUCCGCCGCGUCGAUAAACAAACACCCACACGUCCGCUUCGACGUUUACAUGCUUUAAUCCGCAUCUCUCCACUAGCGGAGACAUCGUGAACACAGCGUGGGGGACCAGCAGGAGGAGGCCAUGGGAGCACACACGGCGUUCUUGCUGUUACUGGCGGCGACCUUGACGCUUUCAGCCGAGGUGCCUGCAGAUGACUCCCUGGGUUUGCUAACUGAGCCCCAGGUGGCCAUGUUCUGUGGAAAGCUCAACAUGCACAUCAAUGUACAGACGGGCAAAUGGGAGUCUGACCCUUCCGGCACCAAGAGCUGCAUUGGCACCAAGGAGGGAAUCCUGCAGUACUGCCAAGAGGUGUACCCAGAGUUGCAGAUCACUAAUGUUGUGGAGGCCAAUCAGCCCGUCAGCAUCCAGAACUGGAGCAAGAAAGGCCGCAAGCAGUACCGCAGUCACACACGUAUCGUGGUGCCAUACCGCUGCCUGGUAGGGGAGUUUGUGAGCGAUGCCCUGCUCGUCCCAGACAAGUGUAAGUUCCUGCACCAGGAGCGAAUGGACCAGUGUGAGAGCCACCUGCACUGGCACACAGUAGCCAAAGAGUCCUGUGGAGACCGCACAAUGAAUCUCCAUGACUACGGGAUGCUGUUGCCAUGUGGCAUCGACCGUUUCCAAGGAGUGGAGUUUGUCUGCUGUCCGGCGGAGGCAGAGCGAGAGACGGAAAGCACAGAGGUAGAAGGGGAAGAGUCUGACGUCUGGUGGGGUGGAGCCGAGACUGAAUACUCUGAUAACAGCAUGUCACGUCCAGCAGACACAGAGCCCGCCACUACAGAAGAUGAUGAAGACGAGGAUGAACAGGAGGAAACCUAUGAAAGGGAUGGAGAUGACGACGAAGAUGAUGAGGAGGAUGAGGAAGACGAAGAGGAUGUGACCGAUGAACGGGAAAGUGAUGAGCGCAAUGCUAACAUUGCCAUGACCACCACUACCACGACAACCACUGAAUCAGUUGAAGAAGUUGUUCGAGCUGUCUGUUGGGCUCGUGCUGAGUCAGGCCCUUGUCAUGCCAUGCUGGAGCGCUGGUACUUCGUGCCUACGAAGGGCCGCUGUGCUCCCUUCUUGUUUGGGGGCUGUGGGGGCAACAGGAAUAACUUUGAGUCGGAGGAGUACUGCCUUGCUGUCUGCAGCAGCUCGUUGCCCACCAUGGCCCCCAGUCCUCCAGACGCUGUGGAUCAGUACCUUGAAACCCCUGGCGACGACAGUGAACACUUUGACUUCCAGAAAGCCAAGGAAAGCCUGGAGGCCAGACAUCGAGAAAAGAUGUCACAGGUGAUGAGGGAGUGGGAGGAGGCAGAGAGACAGGCCAAGAACCUUUCUCGUUCUGACAAGAAAGCUGUUAUCCAGCACUUCCAGGAGAAGGUGGAGGCUUUGGAGCAGGAGGCAGAAGGAGAGAGGCAGCAGCUAAUUGAAACCCACAAUGCCCGAGUAGAAGCUCUGCUCAACAGACGUCGACGCCAGGCUAUGGAAAAUUACUUGAGUGCCCUGCAGGCCAGCCCUCCACGGGCCCGUCAGGUGUUGACUCUGCUGAAGAAGUACGUACGUGCUGAACAGAAGGACAGGCAGCACACGCUCAAAUACUACGAGCACAUCCGCACAGUCGAUCCCAAGAGGGCAGCUCAGAUGCGACCUCAGGUUUUGACUCAUCUCCGUGUGAUAGAUGAGAGGAUGAAUCAGUCAUUGGGUCUUCUCUACAAAGUGCCAAAUGUGGCUAAUGAGAUCCAGAACCAAGUUGCGGUGAUAAUGCAGAGAGUACAGUCAGAGCUGUCUCAGCAAGUCUCUUCUCUGCAGAGCGACGGGCGGGUGAGUCGAGCUGUACCCACUCUCAUAUGCAUGGAGCCCAUUCUUGUAGUAAAUGAAAUACCAUUUGACAAACUCAUUGAUGAGAUGAUACAUGAUUUCACAUUUGAUUCAGUUGAGCCUGUUGAUGCACGUCCAAUUCCAGACCGAGGACUGCCUACAAGACCUGUGUCUGCCCUGAAGCCAGAGGAGAUGCCAAAAGUGCGGAUGGAUACUGAAGAGAGGCAAAAUGCUGGCUAUGAAGUGUACCAUCAGAAACUGGUGUUUUUCGCUGAGGAUGUGGGGUCCAAUAAAGGUGCCAUUAUUGGACUUAUGGUUGGAGGGGUUGUCAUAGCAACUGUCAUUGUCAUUACCUUGGUGAUGCUAAGGAAGAAACAGUAUACGUCUAUUCAUCACGGUGUAAUCGAGGUGGAUGCAGCAGUGACACCAGAGGAGCGUCAUCUGGCGAAGAUGCAGCAGAACGGCUACGAAAACCCCACCUACAAAUUCUUUGAGCAGAUGCAGAAUUAAAUUACCGUUCAUCAACAUUUUCUUCAGGUGUAUCCCGACCACUCACUCUCACCACUCGAAGGGUCUGUUCCACUCAGGUCUUUUGCCCUCAGCUCUGACAAAAUUAUAUUUCUCACCUGAAGGGGGGGUGGAAGGAGGCGUGAAGACAAGACGCAGGCUGGUUUUUAUGUUGUUUUAAAGUGGGGGUACAGUUUAUGUCUCAGUGAGGGGCUGGGCUAAAGGAAACUGACCUGGAACAAAUCUUCUUCAUUCCUGAUCCCUUGGUUGUACAGAGGAACACACAGCUUACAUUUACUUUUACAUUUACUUACGAGGGUACCCAGUCUCAACUACCCGAUUCAGCCAAUGAGAACAAAAACUUCAGUGUUUGUAUUGAACAGCCAACACCCCGUUGACUAUUUACAUUAAGUCAGUGCAGAAAUAUGUAAACCCAGACAGAUUAACUCCAAGUGUCUCUUUCGUCAGUCCAGCUGUUUUUUUUUCCUUUGUUUCCUCAGACUGUCCGACACGUCCCUGUUCCCCUGCUCUCAGAUAACAGCUAUGCUGUUCGAUGACAUAACGGCUCUUAAGCUGGCAAUGGGAGGAGGGGCUCUCAGAGCGCCUCUCCACACGAUUAAAGCCCAAGUGUGUCAGGUUUUUCAAAAAAGGAUUUAAAAAUUGUAGAAAAUGUCUGAAAAAAUAUAUUCAAAAUAUGUAAAACUUAAAAAAAACCAUUGUUUUGUUUUCUGAUUUUUUUAAUGUGUAAUAUAUUAAGACAGAGAUUAGCUGUAAGUAUAUGUAGUGCAUGGCAAUAUUGAUGACAGAUACAGUUAACUGUAUGUCGAGGUCCUCUUCCUAGAUAUUUUAGCAGGAUUGUACAUUUGUAGUGUCUUCUUUGUGAUCUUGUGAUAUGAAGAAGAAAAAGAGUAUUCAGAAUCUGGUCUGCUUCGUGCUCACAGACUUGCUUUAACACAAUCUUGGCUCUUUAUGCUCAUCUCCAUGCUUCACUGUUGUGUUAGCUGCAUGGGCAAAAUGCUCUAUACUGUAUGUAAUAUAUGUGAUAGUAUCCGAAAGGAAGACGAUCGUGUUACUGUUUGCGUUCUAUGCACUCUUUGUCAGUUUGGAAGUCUGAUUAUUAUUACCAAAUAUUGAUGCUGUUAAGUCCCUGAUGCCAGUUCACACUGUUGCUGCACAUUGGGUUUUUCUUAGAAUGAGGUUCAAGGUUUCUCUGAUAGUGUGUCAUUCCAGAUUUUAUUUCAUUCCAAUGUCUCCAAUGUAUUUGGAAGAUGGAGAUCCAGUUUGCAUUAAUGCAGUUUCAUUAUCAAGCUCGGUCUUUUCCCCUUAUUCCCACGUUUAUAAUGUUUAGCCUGUCUUUAUGGCUGUGUCAGCAAUAUUGUACAGUGCAGCACUUUGGAGUCAGCGCAAUUAUCUAAAGAACGGAUGGGACUCGUUAGGGCUACAAAAAUCUGAGGAAUUCUCUCGAUGGUCCAAUCUCCUCUCCAUUUCCUAACCAAAUCACACGUGCACAUUAUAUUUUUCUACAUUUCCUGUGUAUACAUGUACAGUGUCAUCUGCACAUCUGUUGUAAGGUCUCUUAAUAAUCCUGAGAGUCAGACACACCAUUUACAACAGGAUGAUGACCACAUCUCAAAUCAGCACCUUUCCCUCUCCCCUAAAUUAAGUUAUUCUCACCUCCACCUGCAGUAAACAUGAAUGUGACCUGCAUAUUGUGCAUUUAAACCACAGGAAUACAACACAUAUCACCUCUGCACACUAUUUUAACAUAUCUACAGAAACACUAACUGAAGCUCUUAAUCAGGUGAAUGUUUGAAAUGUGUAUUGAUGCUCACUCUGGGUGUCUUUGAUGGAUCGUGGUGAAAAGAAGAUGCUUUUGUUUCUCAUUGAUUCAGUGCCCUUCCUCUGUGUGUAGUUAAAUGAACCGUUUGCUUAGAGUAAGAAGAAGCUUUCUACACUCACUA